GAUCAACAUGCAGCCCUACGAAAUCUAGAUCCACGGGGCACGUCACACCCGUCCACUGCAUGCGCUCUCCCGCACGAACUACUCUUACCAUUCUACAUGCACACUUUGAACUAUCAUAGCAUUCUUAUACCCUUCGCGUCCAGCGUUUACUUGUAGCCAUGGGGAGACUUCUCCUUACUUCGAGCCAGGUUUCUGUCAUCCUGUCGGCAGCCAUUGUUCUUCUCUUCACACUUGCCCUCUUCCUCUCCGGCUGGAUGUUACAACAACGAUACGUACAUUCUCUACAAGCCGCCAUAAAGCCCCGAUUACCCAAGCCUUUGCCCCCGCCCAAGCCGAUAGAACCUCCGACAUUGGACGUAAAAUGGGCAAGACCGAUGGGCGGCCGUCCAGAGGUGGAUGAGACAUAUGCGCAGUAUAUUGCGGGGCAGACGAUGGACUGGAGCCGCCUGGGUUAUGUGCAGGUGGUGAGAGAGCACGUGGAACUUUGCAGUGCCGUGAUGCUGCUAUCUGAUCUACACAAGAUGAAGAGCCCAGCCAAACGGAUAUUGAUGUUUCCCAAACUGUGGCUGGUGGAAUCUGAAGACGACAACUACGGCCCGCAAAUGUCGACUACACGGCGACUGCUGAGAACAGCGGCGAGGCGGUAUGGCGUCACUUUGAUGCCCAUGGAGCCUAUUGUGGAAGGCGCAGACGACACACUGCCCUCUUCCUACUCACUAGCAAGCCUGUACUCCCUGGUAGACUACGAGCGAUUACUCUACCUCCAAGGUCCGGGCGUGCUGCUCGACGCAUCGGCUUUGGACUCACUGCUGGCUUUCUCCAAAUCAGAGCCCAUGGCAGCGUAUCCCGCCACGCCAGAACGAACCGACAUGUCGACAUCACUCCUGAUGAUACAUCCGUCACAACAGAGCUACAACCAGCUGAGGACACUGCGCACGACGAAGCCGACGUCGGACCUCAACAUGUUCCGCAAGACAUUCACGGUGCCGGACUCAUUGAUCUCGGAGUGGUCGCUGUCAAUGGGCAACGUAGUCUACGAAUCGCAGAACCUGCGCAAUGUUGUUGACGACUUCAACGCGACGGCGUUCGAGCAGGCGACGACGUUCGUGAGGCUGUCGGAUCCCGAAAUACCAGGACCGGAGUACGACAUUCCUUUUUCUGAACGCGCCAAGCUGCGGCCUCAGAACGCACAAGCGCAAGAGGCGUGGAGCAAGCUGUACGAGAGAUUCCGGCAGCGGCGCAUGGAAGUGUGCGGCCUUGACCUGGAGACGUACCAGCCGAUCGUGGUGUCUGGUGGGGCCGAUGAAACCCAUGCGGUGGCUGAUGAGCUUUGAAACGGCCAGGUUUUCUUUUGACGAUGCAACGUGUGCCAUUUGGACGCUUUCGAGUCAUGUUUGUGCAAUAGUCUUCUGGGGGUGUUUGUAGAUGGGCCGGCGUUGGGAAUAAUCAUGUAUGUGUAUGGGCGCGCAUUGCUAGGAGUUGACGGGUUCGAGACGAAGCGAUUCGCAGUAUAGGCAGGCUGGGUAUAGCAGCCGGGCUAGGACUCGGGAGCCAUGAUCCUCAGGGCUGGGACGACCACGGUGCAUGGUACGCAUGACGCAACAACAAGCGAUGCUUCGCGUGCAGCCCGGACGGGCAUGACACGAUGUAAUGAACGAAUGAAGACAAUUGAGUUUGGAUGCAUGCAUGCCAUUGACUGCGGGAGCAAACACGGU